CCACUCCUGCCCUCUCUUCUCCACUCCAGGGCUCCGUCUCUCUGCCUUUCUCUCCUGUCAUGUCGUGCCGCUCUUUCCAGGCAGGCUCCAGGUAUGGUACUCAGAAUUUCAGCUCAUGCUCGGCCAUCAUGCCCCGAAUGGUCACCCACUAUGAGGUGAGCAAGGGCCCAUACCGGCCUGGGGCUGGUGGGGGCCUCCGCGCCCUAGGCUGCCUCGGCUCCCGGAGCCUGUGCAAUGUGGGCUUCGGGAGGCCCCGGGUGGCCUCCAGGUGCAGCCUGCCUGGCUUUGGGUAUCGAGCAGGGGCCACCUGUGGGUCUUCUGCCUGCAUCACUCCUGUCACCAUCAAUGAGAGCCUACUGGUCCCGCUGGAGCUGGAGAUCGACCCAACGGUGCAGAGGGUGAAGAGGGAUGAGAAGGAGCAGAUCAAGUGUCUCAACAACCGCUUUGCAUCCUUCAUCAACAAGGUCCGGUUCCUGGAGCAGAAGAACAAGCUGCUGGAGACCAAGUGGAACUUCAUGCAGCAGCAGAGGUGCUGCCAGAGCAACCUGGAGCCCCUCUUUGAGGGCUACAUCUGCGCCCUGCGGAGGCAGCUGGACUGCGUGUCAGGGGACCACACGAGGCUGGAGUCGGAGCUCUGCAGCCUCCAGGAAGCGCUGGAGGGCUACAAGAAAAAGUAUGAAGAGGAGCUCUCCCUGCGCCCCUGUGCCGAGAACGAGUUUGUUGCCCUGAAGAAGGAUGUGGACACAGCCUUCCUGGUGAAAGCUGACCUGGAGACCAACGUGGACGCUCUAGAACAGGAGAUCAGCUUCAUGAAAGGCCUGUUUGAGGAGGAGAUCCUCCUGCUGCAGUCUCAGAUCUCCGAGACCUCAGUCAUUGUGAAGAUGGACAACAGCCGGGAUCUGGACGUGGACGGCAUCGUUGCCGAGAUCAAGGCCCAGUAUGACGACAUUGCCAGCCGCAGCAAAGCUGAGGCAGAGGCCUGGUACCAGUGCCGGUACGAGGAACUGAGGCAGACAGCUGGGAACCACUGUGACAACCUCCGCAACCGCAAGAACGAGAUCCUGGAAAUGAACAAGCUGAUCCAGAGGCUUCAGCAAGAUAUUGAGACUGUCAAAGCUCAGCGCUGCAAACUCGAGGGCGCCAUAGCCGAGGCAGAGCAGCAGGGCGAGGCGGCCCUGAGCGAUGCCAAGUGCAAGCUGUCGGGGCUGGAGGAGGCCCUGCAGAAGGCCAAGCAGGACAUGGCCUGCCUGCUCAAGGAGUACCAGGAGGUGAUGAACUCCAAGCUGGGCCUGGACAUCGAGAUCGCCACCUACAGGCGCCUGCUGGAGGGCGAGGAGCACAGGCUGUGUGAAGGCAUCGGGCCUGUGAAUAUCUCUGUGAGCAGUUCCAAAGGCGCCAUCCUGUACGAGCCCUGUGUGGUGGGUACACCCAUGCUGCGGACCGAGUACUGCCCUGGAAGCACAGGUGUCCUCAGGAGCAGCGGGGGCUGCAGUGUGGUGGGCACUGGGGAACUCUACAUCCCCUGCGAGGCCCAGGGGCUCCUGGGCUGUGGGAGUGGGCGGAGCUCCAACAUGAAACUGGCAACUGGGGGCAGCUCCUGCGCGCACUAGUGUUAGCACUGCCCCCAACACUGGAGACCCAGGGACAGGGCCCUGGAUGUUGUACCCCACUAGGGCCAAAGGCUGUUCCAAAAUCCUACCCUUCCUGUAUUGACUCCAGAGACCCCUGGGAUUUCUGCUUGGGGUUGAGCUGACCUUCAAGUUCAUCUUUAUUUUCAAGUAGCUGGGUACAAAAUCUGCAUUGGGACCUGGGGUGAGGUAGGAUGCAGAGAGAGAGGGUGCAUUUCUCUUGUCCCUCCCAAACUAGUGACAGUCAGCCCUGAUAUGGCCCAGGAAUGGCAAUAACCCCAACCACUUCAAUUCCAGAUAAACCAAAUGGGCACAUCACAGUUCUGCUUUGCAGAAAACCCCAUGCAAGUUUCCCUUCAAAGCCAGCCUCCUCCUCCCCACUCCACCCAAGCCUCCCACCUCCCUUUCCACUGGCUCUCAUGCACCUAAAAAAAAAUUAAACUUCUUUUAGCACCCUCCUGAAAUAUGCACUAUUGUAAACAUCAAAAGGAGACACCCCAGAAUCCCAUUCUGAAUUCCAAAACCAAGUGCCAAGAUUUCAGAUCAUUUGGGAUCUGCCAAUCUCCUGCCAGCACAAAAACUCAAAAAGCAGUCUUUGGGUAGUAGCUUUACUUACACAAAUUUGUUUGAUCUCAAACUACACAAAUGAGUCUGUUGCCUGAGCCCACAUUGGCAGCGGAUGGUGGAAUAUUCCUGAAACAAAGGGUAAGAAGACUUGAAAUAGUUACUGGGAAGAUGGAUGAUCAAGAGCUGACAUUAUUUACUCAAUGGGAUUAAGCCCCACCCCCCACCCCAUAUUCUGUACAUAGCCAACAGCUCCUGCUUCUUCCCUUUAGCCCUCUAGAUUUGGGGCUUUGGGUCUACAUGAACACAUUUCUCCACAACAGUUCUGUGGAGCUGCCCCAGCCACUUGGAGGCUCUAGUUUGGAAUCUGGGAGAGGGAGGAGAAGGUGCUGGGCUCACCCACCUCCCAGGAGCCCUGCCCACCUGGGAUACAAGUUAUCUGCCCGGAGCUUCUGGGCUCUGUGUUCCCAAUAAACUAACUUUAUUCACACUUUGAGAAUCAGGAUUGCUCAUCCUGCUCUGUGUCAGGGGGCGGGGGGUAAGAUAAGGCUGAAGGGAAUCAUGAGCCAUCUUUGGGGACUGGAAGCUUGGGAAUGGGAAGGAAAGUCAUUCUACCAAUGGGAAAACAACACAUUCACAAUUUGCAAGUGGCCUGUGGAAUAAAUAUGGCUCCGUAUAAUUCAUACUCAAAACCUGCAUGUCACACCCCACUAGUUUGCAUAUCACUUGCCAUGUUAAAAAAGCAACCGUAUUAUACGAUCCCAGUGCAGAUUUUGCACCCAGUGAGACCUCCUCACUGCAUGGGGCCUUGCAUACAAUCUAUAGAAAACCCUGGAGCCCACUAUCAUGUUUAGAUGUAGCAGCUCCCAAACCCUGUUUGGGCUCCAUUCCCUAUUCUGGACCAUUCCCAGGGCCUACAUAGUCGUGGCCUGGGCAAAGCAGUGAAGAUGGGCAGCAGCCCAGCAAGGAAGGAAGCCCAGGACAUUUCAACCUCCUCUUCCCAUUUGGAAACCCUGAGACCUGGAGACAAGAUUCAGUGGCAGUGGUUCUACCCUCUGCAAGGUUCCAGUGUUCUUCCCUGUUGCCUCAAUGACCCCUGAAACAGCCCCUCCCCUAGGGCUCUCUCCCCCUCCUGAGAGCUGGGAUGAAGCCCUCCCUUCACUGCCACAGAGCACCCAUCCUGUGCCUGAAGGACCUCAAGGCCCCAGGCCCAACAUUAGGAAAACUAACCCCUGUGCCCUGAAGCUGCAAGAUGUUCCCUUACCCAACCCCCAUGUCAAAACCCCACCAGCUGCACGUAGCACUUCAAGUCUCGCACAAUGUUACCACAAGAUGUUCCAUAUAGAUAACCCCGGAGGGGCCAAACUUGAGCAAACAGGGUAAAAACAGGAACUAAAAGGACAGGAUGCAAUUUUAUGGUUUUUCGAGAACAUAAAGUGGAAAAACAAGUUUACCCCCCAGGUGACCUAACAACUGGAUUCAGAGAAACCAAUAGAAUAACUGUUACCGUGCUAAGCUAAAAACUAACCCCCUGCUCCCUAUAAAAGAUCUGUGCCCUAGAGCCCGGUGUGCCAGUUCACCGAAGCUCCGGCUGAGGUUUCGCUGAGCACCCGCAGGUGCCUGUGUAUCAAUA